AUGAACGCGCUCCCCAUGAUGCGUGCUGUGCCGCAAGCGUGCCGUGCCGCCUCGAUGGCUGAAGCUCGGAUCGGUCUCAACAUGCGCAUGCCUCAGCAAGUCCGCACGUACUACGGCAAGCGCAUCGAUCCACGCACGCGUUUCGAGUCGGCCUCCAACUCCAUCCGACCGCGCGUGGUGGCCGCCUCGCGCCCACCCUCUGCGUCCCCUACCCGCGUUGGCCUCAUGCUCGGUGGUGGUGCCCUCGUCUUCUUCGCCGGUCUCAAUGCGACUCGUCCGAUCCAGUGCGAGCCCGCGCGUCCCUACGCCACCUCCUCCACCCCCGCUCUUCCCACCGGCACCUCGACCUCCGCCGCCACAGAGCCCGAAAGCAUCGUCAACAUCUACAGCCUCUCGUUCGGCACCAUCUGCGGCGUCUGCGCAGGCGUCUUCAUCAAAAAGGGCCUCAAACUCAUCGCCUUUCUCCUCGGUGGCUGUUACAUCCUGCUCCAGUACAUGAACUCCCAGCGUCUGAGCAGCGUCAACUGGAACGCGAUCAAUUCGAGGUACGAUAAGCUGGUCGGAAGCGCUGCUGGACCAGAGACAGGUGCUGUUAGUGGGUACAGCGGAAGUACGCUGCAGAGGAUCUGGAAUAGGACGACCAACUUUUUGAUGGCCGACUUCCAGCCUAGGGCUACGUUCAUGGCUGGAUUGGUGCUCGGGUUGCGCCUCGGUUGA